AUGCCACAUGCAUACCAAGAGAAAUCUAAGGUUGGACAUACUGUAACAAAAGAUGUUAGAGCCAGAUUCAGAGGAUGCUUUCACUAUGGGAAACGUGGACAUAAGUGGCAGCGAUGCUUCAAAAGGAAGAGGAGGAUCCAGCUUCUCUGGAAUCUGAAUCUAUGUUGGAGAGAACCUGCUUGGUUUGGGCACGUUUGGGUUGCUAAGAAAAAUUUGUACGAAAGGCAGUCUGUGGAACCAGAUCACAUCAGAUUUAGAAACAGUUACAAGGAGGCAAACAACUGGCACAGAUGA